GACGUAGUACUCUAUUGUCCAAAUGCUUUUGAAAUGGUGAUGUUGGCGUUCGAUAUUAUCAACUUCCUCCUAAUUGCAUCACCUUGGAUCCAGACGAAUACAUAUUAAAGUCAGAGCCCGUCUACGGAUUAGACAUUCUCUGAACCAAAACAGAGGAUAACCAUAGGCAGACAUGGAAGGAGCCGACCACCACAAUCCUUCGUUAGGUCCUCAGUCAGUUGUUGGGUUUGGAGACGGAAGGCAGGAGGAGGUGGAAUCCACUUCAAGUGAGUUGCUUGUACCAACUGAUGGCUUGGCAAAUGGCAAUUCAACUAGUGAUGCGGCAUCUAGAGGGCCUUCCAAUAGAACUAACAAACGGAGUGCUCUUAAGAGAAAGAGUGGCCCCUCUACGGACUCAAAAGCCAAACUCAAAGCUAAGAGGAAGAAGUCUAAAAGUACCCGGACGCCCAGACCUAACUAUACAAUUGAGCAGGGAGAAGACAUGCUCCUGAUCAUAUCCAAUGUCAGUCAGAGUGACAGUGUGUGGAGGCCCAAACCGAAGGGCCGCAAAAAGAAAAUUAAGACACUGGUCAAGAAAAAAGGCCAAGAGAUAAUUGCCAAAAACAAGAAGAAAAGAAAACGUGUCAAGCCUAUCAGACGGACUGUCAUAGUGAACACUCAAUCAGAGGGCAGUGACCCCGAUCAUCAGAUUGAACAGGCAACUGUCACCCCCUCAGACGAUGGCACUGACCGCUGGGGUCAGAGACUCCCAGUAGAGGUGCUGGUUAAUAUAUUUCAGUAUGUUGUUCAUCGAGAUGGGGCAGUGCCAUUCCUGUGUAGGGUGUCGAGGGUAUGUCGGUUGUGGAAUGAUGCCGCAUCCAGUCCUAGCCUGUGGCGAAGUGUUACCAUGGGAUACUGCUGGAUAGAACCUGGCAAGAGUCAGCUCCCCAAAACAGAGAUGAGGAUCAAGGACACUGUAAGCUGGAUAGCACAGAACAGACUUUCUCAGCUCAGGGAAUUUUCACUUUGUCACUGGAAAAAGAAUGUGGACUACGUUGUUCAGGUUCUAUCUGAGUCCUGCCCUCAGCUGAGCUCCCUGAAGCUGUCCCAUUGUACAGGCGUGACAGACCGAUCCUUCCAGAGUCUGGCCAGCCACUGCAAGCAGCUGGAUAGCAUAGAUGUACAGAACAGUGAUGUCCAGGGUGAAGGCCUUGUCACAUUCUUCGAAACCUCUGGUCAUCAGAUCCGGAGGAUACUAUUUAGCCAUGGUUCAAAGAGCGAGAAACUGCUCACCAUCAUAUCAAAAGGCUGCUGUCCUGAGCUUCGCUCACUGGCAAUCAACACCAAUCUCAACACUGGAUUCUCUCAGCUUCCCAUCUGCAUUCCAGCUUUGCAGAUGGGUUGUCCCAAGCUUCAGGUUUUCAGCAUGAUGAACGUGAUGCCAAGGGCCAAGACGACUCGGAACGUUCCGACCUCCACUCUUGGCUUUCCUAUGUUGGAGGAGCUGUGCAUCGCAACCUCAUCUGUGUCCUUCUUCACGGAUCAGGACCUGAACAGUCUGCUCCACGGUUCCCCCCGGCUGCGAGUGCUGGACCUGCGAGGCUGCUCGCGUGUGACCCCUACUGCCCUUUCUGCCCUGCCUUGUGAAGAUUUAGAGUGUCUGUUCUGGGGCCUCUACUUUAACAGCACAUCAGUGGCAUCUUCUAAAAAGGGGCUGCACCUGCUGACACAAAAGUGGAGCCGCACGCUCCGUGAACUGGACAUCACCAACCAUGCCUUCUCUGAGGAGGACCUGGAGAUCGCCAUUGGUAACCUGGCCCUUGGUGAGGGUGUGGAAGGCCUGCGUUCACUGAACCUCAGUGGGACCAAAGUCACUUCACAGGCCCUCAGGUUACUGAUUGGCCAUGCUGUUGCUCUGGACUACCUAAACCUGUCAUCAUGCCGCUACCUUUUGAGGGGAAUGAAGAAAUUGUACCGUGGCCAGGAGGAUAUACGCCAACUCCUGGACAAAUUAGAAUAGAGUUUUAGGUAACACAUUUCAGUCACCAACUAAACAUCCAGUGCUCCUGUAAAUGGGUUUAUUGGAUGUUCUGGAUAUUGUGGUAAAUAAUAGACUAGAUCAUCAGUAUUUGUCAUUAAAUUGUAAUUUAAUUGAAAGUGAUAAGAUGCUACUGAUCACUAAUUCACAGGAGAAAUGUGAAGACUGGUGUUCUACCAUACAUCACCUGUCACCUAAACAUUAAGUUUUUGUGCUGUACUCUGUCAGUCUUCUUUUUGUACAUUAUUAUUGUUUUUAUACUACAGUUUAUACUUAUGAAAUAAACAUUCUCAAUGCUCAAUACAUGACGUGA